AUGGCUCUUCUCCCUGCUCCUAGUGAAGCUGUGACCACUGGCAAAGUCAUACACGCCACCGGAUAUCGAAAUCUCUCAGCAGAUGAGCUAGUUGAUCUUGCGAUUGAGAGUCACAUUGCCCGUAUAGUCAAACGCUCUCUUGUUGGUGGAGAUGAAUCAUUCUUCAUUGCCGAUUUGGGCCAGAUACUUCGACAGCAUCGUCGCUGGACCCAGAAUAUGCCCGCGGUCAAAUGCAAUUGUGACCCAACGUUCCUCAAAGUUCUUGCAGAACUGGGGACAGGGUUUGACUGCGCGUCCAUUGAAGAGAUACGCGCAGUUCUCAGCCUCGGCGUGGAUCCAGCCCAGAUUCUGUUCGCCAAUCCAUGCAAAGCACCUGCCGCUGUAGCUUUUGCACGCGAGGUUGGCGUCUUGCGAACGACAUUUGACAACAUAGACGAAUUGGAUACCAUUAAGGCACACAUGCCAGAAGCUCAGCUAUUACUUCGCAUCUAUGCAAAUGACGAGAGUGCGUUCAUUUGUCUGGGCGAAAAGUUUGGUGCGCAGCUGGAUACGACCGAGGAGCUACUUUCAAGAGCAUGGGAGCUUGGACUAAAUGUGAUUGGCGUUAGCUUUCAUGUUGGGACGGGUGCUACCAGCCCAGCAUCAUUUUGCAAGGCCAUCAAAGAUGCACGUCUGGCAUUUUCACAAGCUGAACGUCUAGGUUUCCACCCCAAGAUUCUCGAUAUCGGCGGUGGCUUUCAAGACGAUUGCUUUGAGUCUAUGGCGCCUAUCUUACGGGACGCGAUUCGGUCGGAGUUUCCAGCUAGUAUCACAACGAUCGCAGAACCAGGUCGGUUUCUUGCUAGUAGUGUGUAUACUCUUGUAUGUCGAGUGAUUUCACGUCGCCGUCAGCUUGGAAGUGCUGCUCGAUCUGGUGUUCCAGACAUGCUUUAUCAAAACGAUGGCAUAUACGGCAAUUUUAUGAAUGUGAUUAUGGAGAAAGAGAUCAUGGUUCCUUAUUUGGUCAAGAGUAAGAAGGCCAGGGGGUUCUUGAAUAAACCAAAACCAGGGGAUGCCUUGCAAGUAACAGAUCACCGGUACUCGAUCUGGGGGCCUACAUGUGACAGCACGGAUUGUGUUGUUCGUGAGGUGACGCUUGAUUCAGAAGUCAAGGUUGGAGAUUGGCUCAAAUAUAAAAACAUGGGUGCAUAUACAAGUACCACUGCCACUCAGUUCAAUGGCUUCAGCAGCACUUAUGACACAUUUUAUGUCAAUAGUGAAACAUUGCCUGACUUUUAG